GCGGCCGAAGACUGUCGGCGAAUUCGGCGAUUUGUUGCUGUUCGUGGGUUCCAGUGGUCUGUAGCGGUGGUUGUCGUUGUUCUGCUUUUCAUGUGGUCCAGAAUUGCUCGUUACAAGCACAACUGAACGCGUUGUGACAAUGGAAUCGUGCUCAAAUCAGAUUCCAAACACAACAGACGAUCAAGGAACGCAGAAAUCACAAAACGGAGCCGGCGACACUUCUCACGCAGCAUGUCACGCAGUGGUGAAAACCGAGCCGCCAGAACCGCAGGAGCCCGACGAAGAUUACGACGACAUUGGGGAAUAUUUCUUCGAAUCGGACCACUUAGCUCUGCGAGGAAACACCGACUACCGCAAUGUCCUCAAGACACUCGCUGUGCUUGAAGCUCAAAGGGUGCAGGUCAUCCUAGACAUCGAAAAAUUAAUGGAAAUAAGAGACGAGGCUCUACAGGACCCAGUCCGCUUUGUAGAAAGGCUUCAAAAGAAGGAAGAUAUUGGCAUCCCGAUACCUCAAACCGUCCCCCAGCUUCCGAGCAUAGACUGGGGCCAGUACAGUUUGAGUAACACGCCUCACGCUAUAGAAUCAAAGCGGCAGACGACGCGGCUUGCGGCAAAAUCUGAACCAAAAGUGUUGCCGUCAACGUCGUCUGCGCCGAUAUAUCAGAACAAUGUCAUGGUCAGAGGACGCGUCUUCAGCGAGCACAAGCCAGCCACCUUUAAUCAGCUAUGGUCAGCAGAGGAACAGAAGAGACUGGAAGAGCUCUUGAUUAAAUUCCCCCCAGAAGAAGUUGAAAGCAGAAGAUGGGAAAAAAUAGCUGCAGAGUUGGGAAACCGAACGCCGACCCAGGUUGCCAGCCGUGUGCAGAAAUAUUUCAUAAAAUUGGCAAAAGCAGGACUUCCAGUGCCCGGUCGUAUUCCGAAUGUUAGCUUGCCCCGUAAGACUGGAGGCACCACCCGUAGGAGUCAUCACAGAUCCAACUUGAUGUUUUCGCACUCCACCUUCUUUGCGUCCCACCGGCCUCCCGUGUACAUGACGGAAGCAGACGACGAAUCGAGCUCCUUUGUGAGCAACGGAUUUGACAGCGAGUUCAGUACAAAGUCUGAUGUUGCAUCUGAAGAUGAAGACACUGUGGAUGCUGCUGCGAGAGAGACCCCAGAGUAUCGGGAACUGAUGAUGUUGAAGCGUGUUCGUGAAGAGCGGCUGAAGAAGACUGGUCUUGUGCAACAUAUCGGAUUCAAGUGCGAUCGGUGCGAGACAGACCCAAUUGUUGGCACCAGGUGGCACUGCACAGAUUGCCCUCCAAAGCCCUCUGUUGACUUUUGUAAUGACUGCGUAGACUGUAUGCAUGAAACUGCGACACACAAAGAGGACCACCAUAUAGAGCCCAUCAGGGUUCCAGAAGAUAGUCUGUCGUUUGUGGAUAAAGACUACAUGCACUUUACAGGGUCGGAUUAUAACUACUUAGAUACAAAUUACUUUCCCGCAACAUAAUAAUUGGUAUUAAAUCAUUUUCAUUUUGUAAAAUGUG